CUACAGCUCCCACAAUCCCUAGUGCCGGACAGCUAGAGGUUAACUCGAACUCCUAUUGACUGAGGAACUGAAACCUUCUCAGUAUCCGCCAGAGCCAGACUUGUUUUCUCUGCGAGUGUCUUACACCCCCUCCCCGGGAAUGGUCUCACCCAGUCUCACGCUUAGCCGGAUUGUACCUGGGGGAACAGGGGGAAGAACUUAUACAAAGUACAGUUAGUGUAUCACUAUCCCUGCACCCCCUGCUCUAGCUCAACUGCAAACCUCACACACCCAAGGGCCACUGCUCUCACCUCUGCACCCAAUGCUGUGACACCUGCUCUAACCCAGGGAGCUGCACUUUAUAUGGGAACUGAUGAAAUGAAUCUGCUUUCAGAGAACCAGAGAGGAAAAUCAGUAUGACAACGGCCAAUCAGAAACCACCAGACGGCGGAUGGGGUUGGGCGAUCGUCGUCUCCUCCUUUUUCGUCCAGUUCCUCUCUUAUGGCUCCCCGAUGGCUAUGGGCGUUCUCUAUGUGGAAUGGCUGGAGGCUUUCGAUGAAGGCAAAGGAAAGACGGCGUGGAUUGGUUCCCUGGCCAAUGGGGUCGGGCUGCUUGCAAGUCCGUUGUGCAGCGCCAGUGUGUCUGCGUUUGGCGUCCGUCCGGUGGUCAUUUGCAGCGGAUUAUUGGUGGCCGGGGGGCUUAUCUUGAGCAGUUUUGCACCCAGCCUGUAUUUUCUUUAUUUCUCCUAUGGAUGUAUGGUUGGCUUCGGCUGUGGAUUGUCCUACCAGGCCACAGUGACCGCUACUUGCCAGUAUUUUGACAAGCGGAGAGGACUUGCCCUUGGAAUCGUUUCAACAGGUGCAAGUAUCGGCACGUUUGUUUACGCCAGCCUAAUGAAGGUGCUGAUCUCUAUUUAUGGAGUGGAUGGCUGCUUGAUUAUUAUCGGUGCCUUAUCCUUGAAUAUAUUGCCAUGUGGUGUCCUGAUGAGGCCACUUCCCCAGGAUUCCAGCCCAACCGUGGAAAAGCUGGUGCUGGACAAGCCUCCAGACACCUACCAUGAAAAAGAAGGAGAUCCAGAGGAGACUCAAGGGAUGCUGGGAAUGGUUUCAGCCUCAGAAACAGACAGAUCUUGUGAAAUGAGCGGCACCCAGAAUUGGUUUGUAGUUUCGAACCCUAAACCUGCUGCAAAUGGAGACGAAGAGAAGAACUUCUGCAAGCGGCUUGUUAAGACCAACUGCCAGCGCUACCUGACUUACUGGCUCGACACUGCCGACAUGUUCAGAAACCGAGUAUUUACCGCGCUUUUCCUUGCCAUCUUUCUCUUUGACAUCGGUGGGUUCCCUGCGGCUUUGCUUUUAGAAGACGUCGCCAAAAGUGCAAACAUUCCGGAUAAGUCCAUGGUUGUUCCGCUGGUUUCCAUCCUCGGGAUCUCCACCGCUGCGGGGAAACUCCUUUUAGGAAUCCUUGCGGAUUGUAAGCGGGUGAACACCAUGUAUUUAUAUGCUUUCACUUUUUUGGCCACCGGGCUCACCUUGUUCGCCAUUCCUUACGCAAACACCUACGCGGUUCUGGCGGUGCUGGCCGGAAUCAUAGGGUUUGCGUCCGGUAAUUGGUCAAUAUUCCCCUACGUAACCACAAAGACCGUUGGACUGGAUAAACUCACCCACGCCUAUGGGAUACUGAUGUUCUUUGCUGGAGUUGGAAACUGCCUUGGACCCCCAUUAGUAGGCUGGUGCUUUGACAUGACGCAGACCUAUGAACUUGCCUUCUACCUCAGUGCAAUAUGUGUGAUUGUGGGAGGGCUGCUUCUGUUUAUAGUGGAGUUACCUCUGUGGGAUAACUGUACCCUCAAAAGCUCACAGUCACCCCCAAAAAGCCACAUUUAUAAACCAGCUUCAAAAGCUUAAAGGGCAUGUGAAGUCCAAAAUAGAAUGAGGCUAGAAAUGCUGUAUUUUGUAUACUAAAUAUAAACAUGAACUUACUGCACCACAAGCCUAAUCAAACAAAUGAUUUAUGCU